UUAAACCGAAACACUUCCUAUGUCUGUGUCCCUCGCUUCCUCGACGAAGGCAAGGCCUCCAACAACUCAUACAGAUGGGGAUCGAUGAUAUGCAGAUCGCUUUUCUUCCAUUCCCAAAUUUCCAUAAUGACCACUACGCAUUCUCUUGAAAUUUAUCUCUAAUUCUCUAUUCAGUAUUUGACCUAACCGACCAAGCACUCACACACACACUCAGAAAAGAAAAUUCCUCAAUCCACAAUAAAGGAAGUUACAAAUUGCAAACAACCACGUUAGCAGGUUUGAUCGAUCGGGUUUGACAAUAAUGUACGACAAUAAUCUCUCUCAACCUCUCUCCGCAUUUCACAGUGCAUCCACAGAUCCGGAUUUCAGGAAUCAGUACAGUGGCGCACCAUUGCCACUAGUAGCAGUGUUUCCGCAGCUAGGUUAUGGUUCACAUUGUCUAUAUGGGCGGCAGACACCCCGAUAAACCUCAGCUCACUCAGGAUUCCUAUCAUGAGAUUCUUUCCACUCUACUCGGAAGCGAACAUGCUACGACGUCGCCAAUUCUGUACAGUUACAAACAUGGGUUUUUUGGCUUCGCUGCAGUGCUUACGCAGUCCCAAGCUGAGCUUAUUGCAGCAAGUUUCCCUGGAGUUGUUUCUGUAGUCCCGAAUCGCAUUUUUAGUCCACAUACAACUAGAAGUUGGGAUUUCCUGCAAGUGGCACCCAAUGAAGAGGACGGGAUUCUUUCAAAGAGUCAGUCAGGCGAUGGGUCGAUUAUUGGCAUCAUGGAUACUGGUGCGUGCAUAUAUGCUGCAUUUGCUUUUGUAUUUUGGGAUUUGCUUUUCUGUAUUCGUGUACGUUGUGUAGGAAUAUGGCCUGAGUCUCCGAGCUUCAGGGACAAUGACAUGGGAGAGGUUCCAUGUCGAUGGAAUGGGGUAUGCCAAGAAGGAGAGGAGUUCAAUAUCUCCAAUUGUAAUAGGAAAAUUAUUGGAGCACGUUGGUACUUUAAAGGGUACGAAGCUGAAUUUGGAAAGGUGAAUACAAGUGGGAUUGAGUUCUUAUCUCCCCGGGAUGCGGCGGGCCAUGGCACUCACACUUCAUCUAUCGCAGCUGGUGCAUUGAUACAAAACGCAAGCUUCAUGGGACUCGCUCAGGGACUUGCAAGAGGUGGUGCUCCAGCAUCUAGGUUAGCCAUGUACAAAGUCUGUUGGUCAACAGGUGGCUGUAGCUCGGCUGACCUUCUUGCAGCUUUUGAUGAUGCCAUUUCUGAUGGAGUGGAUGUGCUUUCUAUCUCUCUGGGCUCGCCAACGCCACUUGAUUCUUAUGUUGAGGAUGUUUUGGCCAUUGGUUCAUUCCAUGCUGUGGCUAAUGGGAUAACUGUAGUCUGCUCAGCUGGAAAUUCUGGUCCUUUCUCACAGACAGUUUCAAAUACGGCUCCCUGGAUUAUAACAGUUGCAGCUAGCACAAUUGAUAGAGCCUUCCCCACUGCAUUUACUCUAGGGAACAACUUAACUUUUGUGGGUCAAGCUUUGUAUACGGGGAAUCAUGUGGAAAAGUUCUACCCAAUAGUUUAUGGAGAAGAUAUUGCUUCCACUGAUUCAGAUGCAAAUAAUGCAAGAAGCUGUGAUAUAGACUCUCUGAAUGCCACUUUAGCAAGAGGAAAGGUGGUUCUCUGUUUCCAAUCUUGGCUACAGAGGUCAGCUUCUGUUGCUGUAGCAACCAUAAUGAGAGCUAAGGGUGUUGGACUUAUCUUUGCUCAGCUCCCAACAAAGGGUGUUGCUUCUUCCUCUGGAAUCCCAUGUGUUCAAGUGGACAUAACAGUAGGAACAUCUGUGCUGAUAUACAUGUCAACCACCAGAAAUCCAGUAGUCAGAUUCAGCCUUACAAAAACGACUAUAGGGAGACAAAUUUCCCCAGAGGUGGCAUUCUUCUCAUCUCGUGGACCUAGUUCACUUUCUCCCUCGGUGCUGAAGCCUGACAUUGCUGCUCCUGGGGUUAAUAUCUUAGCAUCCUGGUCCCCUGCUUCCUCUUUGGUGGGUGAUGUUGGUCAAAAGAAACUACCUUCACUUGACUUUAAUAUCGACUCUGGAACCUCCAUGUCUUGUCCUCAUAUUUCAGGUAUUGUGGCACUUGUCAAGUCUAUACAUCCUGACUGGAGCCCUGCGGCAAUAAAAUCAGCAUUGAUCACAACAGCCUCUACGAAGGAUGAAUAUGGUCAGACUGCAGUGGCUGAGGGAGCUCCUCACAAGCAGGCUGAUCCAUUUGAUUUUGGAGGCGGCAAUGUCAUUCCUAACAAAGCUGCUGAUCCGGGUCUUGUAUUUGACAUGGAAAUCUUAGACCAUAUAUAUUUUCUUUGUUCAAUGGGCUACAAUGACUCUGCUGUGAGUUUAAUGACUAGGCACCAGACAAUCUGUGACCGUGGAACCUCGUGGUCUCAGUUGGACCUCAAUCUGCCAUCCAUCUCCAUUCCGGAGCUAAAGAAGAACAUGACUGUCUGGAGAACAGUUACAAAUGUGGGUCCUGUUAUGUCUAUAUACACUGCUUGUGUUAAAGCUCCUCCAGGUGUAAUUGUGGAAGUUGAGCCAGAAAUUCUGUCAUUCAAUUCUACAGCGAACAAGUUGAAGUUCAAGGUGACUCUCCAUUCCAUGUUAGAAGUGCAAGGUACAUACACCUUUGGAAGUGUUUCUUGGGAAGAUGGUGUACAUGUAGUAAGGAUACCAUUGAUUGUUCGGCUUGUUAUUGAUGAUUUCUAUGCAGAUACUUGAUGCAGGUAGUAAAGGCUGUAUGCCUGUACCAUUAUUUUAUGAUCAAUUUUUAAAAAAUAUUUUCUUGGUUCUUGAUGGGGGGAUGUCCUAGUACCUAAAAUGCUAGAACUCUGAUAACCUACCCAUACGUGUAUGCUGUGCUUACGUUUAGGUGAUGACCUCUCUCCGACUCACACCUUCUGCGAUUAAGAUUA